AAACGACAACAACAAUAUGUCAACAAACACCGCUGUGAACUUACCUUUGAAGAAGGGGAUAAAGUUCUAGUAAAUGUAAUUAAUAUCAAUGAUCCUAUCUAUCCUGUCUUCCAUGUAUCAAUGUUAAAACCUUAUAAAGAAAAUCUAACUGACUUUAACCGUGACCUGUCACCACCACCAGAAAUUAUUCCUGAAACCAAUGAAGAGGAAUAUGAAGUAGAAACAAUUUUGGACAAGAAACUAAUGCAUAGAAAACUCUUCUACCUGGUCAAAUGA